AUGCUCAUCCCACGCAAUAGUGUGCGCCCCUCCACCUCCUGCCCCCACCACCGUGCAAACCAGCUCUUUUUUGACCUGUUCUUGGUGGCGGCCGUGUCGGCGGUGGUGCACAUAUUUGUGGACGACCCCACCUGGCGCGGGGCGGGCCGCUUCCUGCUGUACCUGGGGCUCUUCCAUUUCUCCUGGACUUCCAGCACGCACAUCAUGACCCGUAUACACACCAGCGGCCUGGUAUUUGACAUCGCACGGCUGCUGCGGCACCUUGGGGUUCUGGGCAUGACGCUGGGGGCGCAGGAUUUCGAGGGCGACCGGCGGCUCUUCGCGGCCUGUUACCUCCUGAUCCGUGUCGUGUCUGUCAGCCUGUUCAUCGUCACCUGGGCCAGCAUCCCGAGGGCGCGUGCGUAUGCGGUCGUCACGGGCGGCAUGCACUUUGCCAUGGGCGCCCUGGCCGUCCUGGACCUGGCGUGCGCCUCCUUCUUUGACGACCCCCUCGCCGCGCACACGGCCAUCUUUGGCUGCAUCCUGCUGCUGGAGGCCGCCGUGCCGGCGGUGGUGACGGCGGUGCCGGCCGCGCACCUGCCGCUGCACGUGGAGCACGUGGACGAGCGCCUGGGCCUGCUCCAGAUCAUUUACCUGGGAGAGUCCAUCGUGGCCCUGGGCACCACCCCCCUCAGCCAGAAAGGACCCGGGCUGCAGGCGAGCUCAGGGAACGAAUGCCGCGCGCCGCAUGAGGCCGCAGGCGGCGGCUGCAGGGAUUGCUCAAACACAGCCCCGCCGGCGCCGCCUGCGCGCACCAAAAACUCUCCUCUGCGCCAGGGCAAGUUGCGCGGGCUGGCUUUUCAGUACCUCCAUUUCCUGUUGGGCUGCGCCCUCAACGCGGCCGGCGCGGGCGUGCUGAUGGCGCUGCAGUCGUACGGCGGCAAAGAGGAGAAGUGCGGCGGCACCCUCGGCAGCAAGGACGGGGUCUAUGAGCCGCACGUUGCGUGGACCAUGUGCAUCAGCUAUGGCGCAGCGCUGCACCUGAUUUGCCUGGUGCGCGGCACCCACUACCUGCCCCUGCACCGGCGGCGGCGGCCGCGGCGCCGCAGCGGCGGCAGCGACAGCGGCAGCAGCAGCGGCCGCGGCAGUGGUCACGGCAGUCCGAGGGGUGGCGGCGGCGGCGGCGGCGGCGGCGGCGGCGGCGCGGCUGCGCUGGACGGGGCUGUGCCGGUCCUCAAAGACCUGUCGAAGGCUGAUGCUGGGGCCGCCCACAAGGUGCACAACCGGCUCGUGGCCUGGUGA